AUGUCACAGCCAUACAACCAUCACUCAAUCAAUACAAACCUCUAUGACGAAAAUGGUCUCUGUGGUCUUCAUGGCUACCAACCAUGCAGUUGUGCAAUGCUCUACAUGACGCCCACGGUCUGUUCUCAACACAGCAACCAUAUAAAUCAGUCCUCGACGUACCACGAUCCAAUCCCCGCUCCAUGCUUUGACCUGAACUGUUAUCAAUCGGAUCCUUCGACUCAAGCACCAAUCUUUAUCGGCUCCCGAAACUCGCCAGACGAGGGGUACAAUGCCAAACACACUUCGGUGAACAACACGUCCAAUGCAUUUACUGGUGUUUCUUCUCCACAAAUGCAAGUGAGCACACCUCCAAGCAACAUAGACCCUACUCUUCUAGAGGAACGGACAAUCUAUUACCAGAAGCCGGCUCAGUCACACACCCAGGAGGAUCCUCAAGUGCCUUUACGGUGCUACUGGAAGGGGCUCACAUGUGAACAUGGAUUGGUGUUUCCCAACAUCGAAUCGCUGAUGAAUCAUGUGGAAAUGAGCCAUAUCAAUCCUCAACUCCAGGCAAAUGAGCAGUCGUAG